UACUGUAGCUGUAUUUAGUUGUGUGUGACACCCUGUUAGCAGCAUGGAUCCUCAACAGCCUGUUUAUAGCCUGAUGAAGAGGUUCUGUCCUUGUUUCAGCCUGCUACCGCUGCCAAGUCAGGACUGGAGUAAGAGUGAUGAAAGGCUCUUGCAGGCUGUGGAGCAGAAUGAACCCGAUAAAGUCUCAGCUCUCAUUGUCAAAAAAGGUCUCUGUCCUACCAAGCUGGAUGCUGAGGGCAAGUCGGCGUUUCACCUCUCUGUAUCCCGAGGCCGGCUAGAUUGUCUGGAGGUUAUCAUCUCUCAUGGUGCAGACAUCAGCGUCACCGAUGGGGCUGGCUUCAGCGCCCUUCAUCUUGCAGCCAAAAAUGGCCAGUCUGAGUGCUUAAAGAGACUGUUACAGGAACGAAUGGCGGUAGACUGCACGGACAGCAUUGGAAGGACACCGCUCCAUCUUGCAGCGGUCAGUGGUUGCAUGUCCUGCACUGAGACCCUGUGGGACUUUAAAGCCAAUCUGGAUGCCCAGGACACUGACGGGGCCACCCCUCUGAUAUUGGCAGCCCAGAUGAGUAGAGUGGAACUGUGUGUCUUUCUAUUGGGUCGAGGUGCAAAUGCAAACAUACAAGAUAAUCAAGGAAGGUCUGCGUUGAUGCUGGCCUGUGAGAGUGACAGCGUUGAGACUGUGGAGGCUCUGCUGAGAGGUGGGGCCAACGCACAGCUGGUCGACGGCCUCGGACACAAAGCUACCGACUACAGCGUAACCACAGGCAACCAACGUAUCAUUGAGAUGCUGCAGGGUGGAGUACCUUCAGUCUCUGAGGGCGCAGGGGAGGAGGUAAUGUUGCAUAUUCUUGUGCUGCAUCACUCCUUCCAUUAUCACCCUCUCACCUCAAUGCAGCCUUCUCAAACCCCCUCAGCCGCUUCAUCAGUGCAAGGGGGGACUACCCCCCGCAAACGGAAAGCUCCUCCACCACCUCGGUCUCCUCUUCAGGGUGUGCCACCUUCCCAAAAGUCCCAGAGUUCAGCUCCUCCUGCCCACUCUCCAGAGCCCCAUCAGUCCCAGUCCCCACCUCCCUCUCCCCAGCCUCAAGAAACCCAGCAGUCACCCCAGGCUGAAGACGAGGAGGUGUUUGAGGAGAUUCGGCGGCUGCGUCUGGAGAGAGGCCGUCUGCUCCAGAAGAUCAAAGCCUUGGAGCAGCAGCAGCAGAGUGCCCUCUCUGCCUUGGAGGAGCUUUCCCAACUAAAGAAACGUCUGGAGGAGGCAGAGGCAGAGAGGGACAAACUGCUUGAGGAACUGAAACCAGUCCAUGGUAUUGGGGCGAGUGACUCUGAGGACCUGGAUGAAAUGCUGGACUUCCCAGAAAAGCUGCUCUCCAAGCGCUCCAGAGCCUCCCCUGCUCAGGAUGAGGCCUCUUCUCAAACGGACAUUGACUCAGUCAGCCCCUCUCCUGCCCCUGCAGACCCAGGAGCUGUUGCUGAGCUGCAUAAACAAAUAGAGGAACUUACUUCCCAGAAUGCUGAACUUGUUCUGAAAGUUCAGAUGUUGGAGAUGUUCGAGAAGGAUGACACAGACAUGCAGACCUCCAGUUCGGACUUUGUCCCUCUGGUUCAGUAUGAAACCCUGAGAAAAGAGUAUGAAACUCUUCAGGAGCGCUUCUCUCAGGCCCAGGCUUCAGCAGAGGCUUCAAGUGUGGAAGAGCAGCAUGAUGAUGAGCGCUCUCAGGGAGGAGCUGCAGAUUCAGAGAAUACAGAAGCUCUGAAGGAGAAGCUGCGUGAGCUGGAGGAGCAGUUGGCCUCUUCCAAAUCUGAGCUGGAGGAGCUAAAGGAGCAGAUGCGUGUCGGGGUGCUUUCUGUGGAGUGUGGUAUAGGGGAUAUUGCUGCAGCAGGUGCUGGGGCUUCAGAGGAGGGCCUGAGCCAGGAGGCAGAGCAGCUGAGAGCCAGGGUGACAGAGUUGGAGGAGGAGCUUUCUAAAAGAACGGGUGAGGCUGGGGGUCAGAGCAAUUCGGACAGUGACAUAAUCAAACAGCUGACAGAGAAAGUAAAGGAACUCCAGGCUGCUCUGGCCCAGAAGGAGUCUACAAAAGAGGAAGAGGAGAAAGAAGACAAAAUAGAAGAUACAGAAACAGUGAAGUGCCUACGUGACAACGUUGCUAAGUUGGAGGCAGCCCUGGCAGAGAGCAGGUUAUCAGAAAAAGAUGGAGGCGGAGCAGGAGAUGGAGAUCAGGUCCAUCGCCUUCAGGAGCGUUUGCAUGAGCUAGAGGGAGAACUGAGGAAAUGUGUGCCCCGCUCGGAGCUGGAGGAGGUGCAGGUGAAUCUGGGACUCCAGUGUGAGCAGCUGGCAAGGGAGAGGGCGGAUGUGGCUAGAAGGCUCAACGAUGCCCUCCUGGAGCUGGAGAGACUCAGACCUCCACCACACGGAGAAGAGGAAGAUGAAGAAGAGGAGGAAGAGCAUUCAGAGAGUUCAGAGCCCUCAGUCAUAUCAGAGCACUCCAGACGCACCUUAGCAGCAGUGAGAGAAGAACUUGAAGUAGCGAGGCAGGAAGCAGCUCAGGCUCUGGAUUGUCUGUGCGCCGAGCGAGAGAGCCGGGCACAGGACGCCCUGCAGCUGAAGGACACGGUGCCACUUGCGAAACAUAAAGAGGCGCUGUCGGCGGUGUCAGAACAACUUGCUCAGACACUGCAAGAGCUCCAGGAAGAAAAAACCCUUCGGGGCCAUGCUGAGGAGCAGGCUGCUUCACUGGAGGCUAAACUGCAGGCCAUGCAGGAUGCCAUUCCCAAAGAGGAGCAUGAGAAAGUCAAGGCAGAGCUCCAGCACGCCCUGCAGGAAAGUGAGAGCGGUGCAGCAGCAGCUCGGGAUGCUCUGAGUGAGAAGGAGAUGGAACUGAGAGAGCUGAAAUCCCAGAAGGCUGCAGAACAGGGUCUGAUUUCUAAGGAGGAUCACGAGGCCCUUCGGCUCUCUUUGCAGGCUGAGAUCAACGCCGUCACGGCCCGUUUCAACGAUCUUACUCGUAAACACGAGAAGACCUGCACUGAGGUAUUCCAGGUACAAAGGGAGGCACUCUUUAACAAGAGUGAGCGGCAGGUCGCAGAGUCUCAGCUCGCCACAGUUCAAAAACAACUUGCUGAACUACAAGCCCAGUCAACCCAUAUCCAGGAACUCCACAAAGACAUCCAGGAAUCGCAGAGCCUCGUGAAAGAGAAGGACCGCAAGAUAACAGAGCUGUCAAAGGAGGUGUUCCGACUGAAAGAGGCCCUGGGGGCUCUCUCGCCUCCUCUCGGAUUCACCUCUUCCUCCUCAUCAACCCAUCAUGGUAACCCUGGACAGCAAAUGGCUCUGCAGAAUAGGAUUGCCAUCCUCACUCAACAGCUCCAGGAUUGGGAGAGAAAGCACAAACAAGUGGUGACUGUAUACCGCUCACACUUACUGGCAGCUGUGCAGGGUCGCAUGGAUGAAGAGGUGCAGCAUUUGCUACUCCAGAUCCUGAAGAUGACACACGAGGGGCACUGAAAUUUAGAGCAUCUGCAAGUUUCUCUCAGCUCCAGUCCCCUCUACAGGGCAGCAUAGCAGCUCUAUCACAGCAGCCUGUGGGACCAGUACCCAGUAUAAAGCCAAAUACAACUGAUCUGUGGUCAGGUAUAGCUGCAUGCUUGUAAUGUAGUAACCCAAACAACCGAUAGAAAAAUGGAACAUGGAGUGCCUUUAUUGUGUAGUAUGUGAGGAGUUUAUGAAAGCAGAAUGUGAAUGUGACAGAGUGGAUAUUUAGACGAUACCAGAUGCAUUGAUUUGUUUUGUUUUUUAUAUAAUAGUUUUAAUUAA